CAACAUCUGGGCCAGGAAAAGUUGUCCCUCAGCUUCGACGGUAGCUUUGUGUGGUGGUUUUAAGGAAUAGGAAACGAAACCAUAAAAUCAAACCAUAUCUAUAUUAUCUAUCCUUACAAUAAAGUGCACGUUUGCUAUUUGUGUCCAUAUCGGUCGUAUUUAUUCCGAAGAAAGCUAUUGUUUUUCGGGAGUUCAACAAGUGCAAAUACGUCCCGCGAGUGUUGCUGUGAAUUUAUAUUAACACCAUCGCAGAGAGAAAGUGUGUACACAUUUGUAUCUGUGGAUGAUUGUGGUGCUAUCGAAAUUCACGUUUCGCAGUGUGUGUGUGUGCGAUUGUUUUGAUCAGUGAUUGUUCUUAUCAAUCGCAGUAUCCCCUUUGCCAUGGUGUGAGUGUGUUUAGUGUAGUGUAGCAAUCAUAACAAAAAUCAGUGUACCACGAUGAGCAGCGAUAGGCUUCUGUUCAGGAAUCCCAGCGAGGAGGAAUCCCUUUCCAGCACUCCGAUCAGUAAAUCGCCCUCGCUGGCGUCGAUUCGCGAAGGAUUAACGCGCCGGGAGAGCUACUGCUCGCUGGCAUCGUACUCCACCGCUAGUCCGUCGGCUAACGAUGGCGAUGGUGGAAGUAGAAAGAAGCAGGUCGCUCGCGAUCCGGCCUCUAUCGAGCGGAGCAAUCUGGUGAAGAUAUGCAAACUGGUGGUGAAGGAAUUGUUGGAGCAGUCGCUGCGCUUUGGCCGCAUGCUCGACUCGGACCACCUUCCGCUGCAGCACUUUUUCAUCGUACUGGAGCACGUUCUGCGCCAUGGGCUGAAGCCAAAGAAGGGUCUGCUGGGACCCAAAAAGGAGCUGUGGGACAUUUUACAAAGCGUCGAGCGGUACUGCGUUGAAGCGAUGGAUAUUACUUCCUCCGUGCGCGAUCUGCCCACGGUACGAACGCACAUGGGACGCGCCCGAGCGUGGUUGCGUUUGGCGCUGAUGCAAAAGAAGCUUGCGGACUAUCUGCAGGUGCUGAUCGAGCAUCGGGAUGACUCGCUAGCCGAGUAUUACGAACCGCACGCGCUAAUGUUGAGCGAUGAGAUAAUUAUCAUCGUCGGCAUUCUCGUGGGCCUGAAUGUGAUCGAUUGCAAUCUGUGCGUGAAGGAGGAAGACCUGGACUCGCAGCAAGGUGUGAUCGAUUUUUCGCUGUACCUUCGCUCCAGCUCGCGCAACAGCCCGGACGAGGAAAACAAUGGUGGUGUUGGGGGUGGGAUCGAUGACAGUGCCACCGGUGCCAUGACGGCCGUGCUGGACCAGAAGAACUACAUCGAAGAACUGAACCGACAUCUCAAUGCUACGGUGGCGAACCUGCAGGCUAAGGUUGAAUCACUCACCACGACCAACGCGCUCAUGAAGGAAGAUUUGGCAAUCGCACGGAACAGCCUAAUGGCGCUGCAGGCCGAAAAUGCUGCCCUCCGAAGGGCGUCCCAGCAUGGGCACCCGAUCGAGGACAAGACGAACGUGCUGGACCGGUUCGAUCCCGAGAUGGCGGAAACACUGGCGGAAGAGCGCAAAAAACGGCAGGAAAUCGAAAAGGAGCUGGAUCUUCAAGUAUCGCUGAAAGCGGAAACGGAAAUGGCCAUGAAGCUGCUGGAGAAGGAUAUACACGAAAAGCAGGAUACGAUCGUGUCGCUGCGUCGCCAGCUCGAGGAUAUCAAGUCGAUCAAUCUCGACAUGUACCGUAAGCUACAGGUAAUAUCAGGGCUUUGGGUAUGGGAACUAUGGGGUUUCUCAGGUUUGUAUCACGAAUCACUUUCAAAGCAUUUGGAUCACUCGGGGCUUGAGAUUGUUAUUUUUUCCUUGGUUAAAUUCGCUCUCGGGGCAUCUGGCGGGCUUGUGAAAGGAAUGGGUUUCAAAUGUGUGUAUAUCCUCUUAUCUUCGUCUCCUCAAUCGCCACCGAUCCAGGAAUGCGAGUUGGAAUUGACCCAGAAGGGUGAGAUGGUAUCGCGGUUACAGAUCAAAGCAUCACAGAUCGGGAAAAUACUGUCAAAUCUGGAACGGAAGGGUGCGGCCGAUGCAAUGACCGAUUCCCAGAUCAGCACACUCAACUCGUUCACUGGGGGAGGCGUUUCGUCCCCGUCAGGUAGCGGAACGUACGGGGGUGGGCUAGUGGGACCGCCGAAUAAGAAACCGCACCUCAAGAUCGGCACCAUUCCUCCCUUCAAUGCGAACAAGCUGAGGAAAUCUCCGUCAGUCGGUGCAUCGGCAGCAGCCGCAGCGACAACGGCUGCCGGAUCUGCAAGCAGCACCACAACCACCACUACUACCACUGCUACCACUGCUACUACUGCUGCUGCUGCUGCAACUAUAGCUCCUGCCGAAGGGUCUAACACUGCGUUAAAGGGGGUAUCAGGGGAAGGACAGCAGUCGGUGCAGGACUUGCAGAAAAGACUAUCAUCACCUCCGAAGGUGGAUCUUGGUGGAAAGCCAUCAGACAGCGAACGAACUGCGGAUCUAUCGAGUGAAGCUAAACUACCCAGCGAAUAAUCUUUCGACUUUUUGUUUGGGGAGGGCGUAUGCUGAAUUAAUUUAUUAAAAUACACACACCUUUUUGAAGACUGCUUGGCUGAGAUCACAUUGAACAGGUUUAGGAAGCGUCAGAUCCCUCGGUUUAGCGUAACCAAUCCGUGCACUCCUCGUACCCAGGAAGAUGAGGAAGCGCAAAGGGGAUCGACAACAUCAUAAUAAUAAUAAUAAUAAAACUGCAAAUGAGCAAAAAAGGGUGUUUAUAAACUAACUUAUGUAUACACCAACAUCCACUUCCACCCCAUAUAUUCUUAUUGUAGGAGUGCGAAGCGUCGCUGAAGCACAAAACUGAGCUAAUGUCGCGGAUGGAAACGCAGCGCGAAUCGAUGGCCAGUGCAAUUACGCAGCUGGAGAAAAAGUACGCAAACCAAACUAUAUUUCUAUGUUCUUAUUGCUACGUUAAUUUACCAAGUAGACUUAAUAACGAUGCCUUUUGCUGCCUAACUUACUGUCUAACCUAUCAUUAUGCAGUAUGCUCUUAACCCGACGGUAAAGUACCACAGUUGAAUUGAGUUCUUGCCUCCUGAAGUCCUAAAUAAUAAUUCGCUACAACGUAUUAACUGCCGUAGCUUACACCGUAGCUUCUGUUCUGAACCACCAGAAUGGUCAUCUGUCAAUAAAGUUCAUUAUGUUACGAUUGUACGAGAAAUAUAAAUAAAAAUGAAAACCACACUUUUAUUUAUUCCAUAAA